CAGUAGCUACAAUAACUUGCUUAAUUGAGCUUGUCUUCAUGCCAGCGUCAGCUUGAAUUAACAGGAAAAUACUCGUGUGGCAAACUAGCACUGAAGUAUUUGGAGAGUUACCACAUACACUAGCUGAGCAAUUGCCAGCUCCAGCACUAGCAGCCCUGGUUCGUUACCUCACACUUUUGUCUUGUGUUUAAAGAGCAGCUUAGUUUAUGGUAGGAACUUUCGCUUGUGGCCAAGCAGGAACAGUGUUCCAUUUUUAUUUGUUUCUAGGUCAAGAUAUAAGGAAAACAGUGCUGUUAAAUCGGGAAUAUCAGCCGUUCUCACAGUUUAGAGAAAAUAGGAUAAAAAAUAGCAUCCAAAGAUUUUGGCAAAGUUAAAAUGGAAGCUUUGCUGUGUUGGCAGGACAUGUACAAGGCCUCUCUUGAGGGUCAGUAUAAGGAGACUGCACUAGAUUUCAUGUCAGAUGGUAAUAAUUCCCAUUUGUGAAGAAAUUUGAUGGAGGACUCUUUCAGGAGAUAGUGACAACUGUGAGUGGGAGGCAAAUGCAUACCAGCAGACUUAGAGGGAUUAGGAGUACAAGUGUCCCACCUGCUGUCUUUGGAUCUUCAGGGAAUUUGAUUCGGAAUGGUGGAAGGUGAUGGAGAUGUUUGGGGUCAGGAUUUUGAAUUUUUUUUUUUCUAGUUCUCCCUAAGAAGUUUGAGUUUAUACAGCCUUUAUUGUUCUGGAAGCUCCCUUGCUGUGUGCAGUGUUUUCAUACAAAUGUCAGAAUAUCUCAGAUGUCUUAGGACUACAUUUUUAGUAGCUUUUGGACGUAAAAUGAACCUGUGCAGUUGCUCAUUGGUUCCAGAACUGAAUCUCCCUGACCACAGCUUGGCGCAGCACUGCACUGAAAGAGGCUGGUUUUUCUCCAUUGGGGGAAGGAAGGGAGGAGGGAAUUCCUGUCUCCAAGCACCAGCCUUGCUGUAACUGGGGAAACAAAGCUGAGGACUGAAAGGCAGAGUGUCAGAGAAGUUCACCAAGCUGGAGCUGGCAGAGGGACUGGUAACAAGGGUGUCUGCACGUAGUGCCUGCUCUUAUCUUACCCUGCUCACUCAUGCACUCUGUGGAUGUGUAACGCAUGCUGGACAUCUCUCUCUUUCUCUUUUCCCAUUCCUUUUGAUGUGUGCUUAUUUCUCAUGGCAAUUAAUGUCUGGCUCCAUCUGCUGUAAGCCUCAAUUAAGGGCUCAGAGUCCCUGGGACAUUAGAACAGAACAGGCAGUGGGAAGGAAACUGGUUUUGGAGAAAUUGGAAAAAGCAUGGUGGAAAACGUCUUCCUUGGAAGACAUUUGGAAAGAGUUAGAUUAAGGUGAAAAGUGAACUUGAAGAGGAAUGGAGAAAAAGAGAGUGUGUGGUUUGGAGGGGAAGAAAGCUUAGUGUUGUAAACAUGGAAUAAGGUAGCUGGAGGAGAGAUUUUUCUUCUUCCUGGCAGUUGGGAUAGGAAGCUGGUUGUUUUGACACCUUGUGUAGUACCUGAAAUGAGUCUCUCAUUCUUUUCCAGUGCAUGUAACGACACGGAUGCUUAUAUUGAGGGAGAGGACCAAAAACUUCUAAACAAACAAAAGACAAAGCAAAAUGAAGCCAACACAGAGCCCGAGGCUCCUGAGGUCACAAAAUGAUUCUGUGUAUAACAUGAGUCAUGCAAAACGGUUACCAGAGUUACCGCCCCUACCUGCUUCUGCUUCAGCUGCACCUUCAGAAUUGUAUCAGCUUGUCCUUAAGAGCAGCUGUUACCCUCCUUUGAUGCAACAAGCAUCAUGGACUUUGGCAGCUCCAUUCAAAGAACAGAGUUACUAUCGAAGCCCAAGUGACUCCAUAGCUAAUAACUAUACUCUUACUGCACGGGAUUUAAAAUUGAAAAAUGUGCACAAAUUAAAGUCCUCUUCAGUGACAGGGGCAUCGCUGGGUUCAGCAGAGCAGAGAACAGCCUCAUGGUCUUCAGAAGAAUUUUAUCCUUCCAGGAAAAAGCUCAAACACACACAAAGAAGUCAAUCAAAUUCUGAUAGAAGUACGCUAACAUUAUUAAACAGUUUGGAUCCCAUUUCACUGCGUGCACCUGCUCAUAUGCCAGAAUUAAACAUCAUACAUUAUACAGACAACCAACCGUUAACCCCAGAAGAACAAUUUGUUGUCAUGCACUUACACGAGAAGGAGAUAAGUAAGCGAGAAAAGCCACCUUCAAGAAAUGAUAUAGAGCGGUACUGUUACUAUAUACAUAAUGGAGUGCAGGAAGACAUGCUGGCACCUCAGGAUAAGGAAGUGAUGAAUGUAAUUUUAAAGCAUAUUCCAAAUCACAUUCUUGCUAACCCAGACCUGGAGAAUUUACUUGCAAGUUUGAAAGAAGAGAUUAAGGCAGACUAUCGUAUCAGCCUCAUGAAAGCCAUUGUUGAUUACAUCUUGAUGGACCCAGCUGAGAGAGAGAGACUGUUUAUUGGGAGUACCCCACGCGCUUUUCCCCAGAAAGUUGUCCGUGCACCAGUCCCAUGGCACAGCUCAUAUGAAGAAGUGAAAAGCUGGAAUGAAAAGAAUCUUUUCAUAGUGAAUCCGUUGAUGCCCACUUUGCAAAAGCUCUGGCUUUCUCAGUAUAGUCAUCUAAGGUUUGUUCGCACUGAAGAAAUGCAUUAUAGAAAUCUGCCACUGUUGCCUGCUGAAUUUGAGGAGGUCAUUCGAAGACACUGUGUGGAAGCUCACAAUAUUCUUCAGAAUGAGUGGAUCCCAACUUGUGCAUCCAUUUUCUGUGAUCAAAAAAGGAAAUGGCUUCAUUUUGCUCCUGAAAAUGACUGUGAUUCCUCUCAGCAAGUUGAAAGCUAUUUUCGUUCAGUGGCAACUCUAAUGUCAUUACAAUUACGUGAGAUGGUUGUUAACUCCUUAGAAGAUCUUCUUGCAUUUUUUACAAUCCACAAGGAUGGAAGUGAUUUUACAGAACCAUAUCAAGAAAUGCAGUUCUUUGUACCUCAGAUACUAACAGUCAAACUCAGUGUGGAAGAACCCAAGAUUGUCUUUGAGCCACCUUUGAAAGAAUGUUGGGAUUUAAUCAGCCGUUGCUUCAGGGAGAUCCUGCAAAGUGCUGAGGAACUUCCAAAGGUUGAAAGAGUUCUUUUUCCAGAAUUAAAAAGAGAUGAUCUCACUCUCAGUGCAGUCAAACCAGAUGAAUCAUUGUUUUCAGAGUAUGUGAAUGAACUUCAAAAGAUCUUUGAGAACAACAUAUUUGGUCCACAGAAGUAUUUAAACAUGUACAGGAAAUACAGCAAUCUUUUGAACAACAAUGCACAACAAGAUGUCACAGAUUUCUUGAAGGAACGUCAUUCUUUAGAAGCUUUAACAGAGAAGAUUGACAGCUUAACAAAACUGAAAAGAGAGAUUGCUUCCAUGCAUGUCACUGUCCCUCUGGCCAUGUUCUGUCUGGAUGCUGUACAACUGAAUGAGGAACUCUGCAAUCGGACCCAAAAUCUUAAAGAUAGAUUGAUUGAAUUUGAAGUGAUGGAAAACAGAGAAUUAAAUAAAAGAAUUUGCAAUGAAUAUAACUUAAUUGCAAAGAGAAUAGGUGAGGUGCCUCUGAACACUGAAGACCUAGUGGAAUUUGAUGCAUACUUAAAGAAAUCCAGUGAAGUUACUGUUUUUAAACUGAGACAGGAGGUCACUGAAGCAGCACGCAGACUGGAAUUCCUCAUGGAUCAUGCUGAUCUUUCUUAUGAUGACAUAAAACUGAAUAGCACAGUUUUUCAUUGGCCUGAUCAGAUUGAGAUAAUCUUUGAAAACAGUAGAGAUCAGUUGUGUAACAGAAGGAAUCAUGCAGAGAUGGUUUUGCUUGAAAGGUGUUCUCAGUUUGAGGAAACUCUUGAAGGUUAUAAUAGAGAAGUAGAAAGCUACAAAAAGCGGGAUGUCAUGACCAUCGAAGAAAUGAAGAACAACGCUGAGAAAUUCAAGGAGUUAAAUAAGAAUCUAGAUAAUGCACUAAGAGAGUUUGAGGCUAUUAAUAAAGAAGAGGAGUUACUUGAGCGGGAGAAGAGUCAGUUUCCUCUACUGCAAACUAUAACUGCAAACAAACAACCCUUUGAGCAACUUUGGGUAACAGCAUAUAAUUUCCAUACCAAAUCUGAGGAAUGGAUGAAUGGAUCUCUCCAGAAGUUGAAUGCUGAUGAAAUUACUGAAGAAAUUGGAAAUAUGUGGAGAACUAUGUACAAGCUCAGUAAGAGUUUCCCAGAUUUGGCUGGGCCUAGACGGUUAGCAGAAACUAUGAAAUAUAAACUUGAUAAAUUUAAACAGCAUCUUCCUGUCUUGUCAGUUGUCUGUAAUCAUGGAAUGAAGGAGAGGCACUGGGAGCAGAUUAAUGAAAUUGUAGGAUGUGAGAUCAGACCUGAUGAAACUACUACUCUUAAAAACAUAUUGGAAUUUGGACUCUCAAAAUACAUUGAUCAGCUGGAACCUAUUGGAGCAGCUGCAAGUAAGGAGUAUUCCUUAGAGAAAUCAAUAGAGAAAAUGAAAUUAGAGUGGGACAACAUGCAUUUCAGUCUGGUGAAAUACAGGGAUACUAACACCAGCAUCCUGUCAGCAAUUGAUGACAUCCAGCUUUUGCUGGAUGAUCACAUUGUUAAGACUCAGACAAUGUGUGGCUCUCCCUUCAUCAAACCAAUAGAAGCUGAAUGCCGGGCUUGGGAAGAUAAGCUGUGUUUAAUGCAAGAUAUUCUAGAUAGCUGGUUAAAAUGUCAGGCAACAUGGCUGUAUUUGGAACCAAUUUUUAGUUCAGAAGACAUUAUAGCUCAAAUGCCGGAAGAGGGCAGAAAGUUUGGGGUUGUGGAUACAUACUGGAAGGACAUUAUGGCACAAGUGGUGAAAGAUACAAAGGUACUUGUAGCAACUGAACAACCCAUGAUGUUAGACAGACUUCAGGAAGCAAAUACUCUCUUAGAAGACAUUCAAAAAGGGUUGAAUACUUACUUGGAGAAGAAAAGAUUAUUUUUCCCAAGAUUCUUUUUCCUGUCUAAUGAUGAGCUGCUUGAAAUACUGUCUGAAACAAAGGAUCCCCUUCGAGUACAGCCACAUUUAAAGAAGUGUUUUGAAGGAAUUGCUAAACUGGAGUUCACAGAAGAUCUGGAGAUCAUAGGCAUGAUCAGUUCAGAGAAAGAAAUUGUUCCUUUCAUAGAUAAAAUCUAUCCAGUGAAUGCAAAAGGCAUGGUAGAAAAAUGGCUUUUGCAAGUAGAGGAAAUGAUGCUGGCUAGUGUAAGACAAGUUCUUCAAGAUGGCAUAAGAGGAUAUAUCAAGGUUCCUCGAAAAACAUGGGUACUUCAUUGGCCGGGACAGGUGGUUAUUUGCGUUUCAUCCAUUUACUGGACAGAAGAAGUGUCUGAGGCUAUAAGGAAGGGAACUUUACUAGAUUUCUUGGAGAAGAGCAAUCGACAAAUUGGGGACAUUGUUGAGUUAGUGAGAGGGAAGCUGUCCAGUGGGGCCCGGCUGACACUUGGAGCUCUAACUGUCAUUGAUGUGCAUGCUCGUGAUGUGGUUGCAAAAUUGGUUGAAGACAAAAUCACAGAUCUGAAUGACUUCCAGUGGAUUUCUCAGCUAAGAUACUACUGGGAAGAGAAGGAUGUAAUAGUGCGAAUGAUUACAACAGAAGCCAAAUAUGGUUAUGAGUAUCUGGGCAAUUCUCUACGUCUGGUUAUAACCCCACUAACAGAUAGAUGUUAUAGGACAUUAAUGGGUGCCUUGAAAUUAAAUCUUGGUGGUGCUCCAGAAGGACCUGCUGGGACUGGCAAAACAGAAACAACAAAAGAUCUAGCAAAAGCACUAGCUAAGCAGUGUGUGGUCUUUAAUUGCUCUGAUGGUCUCGAUUACAAGGCAAUGGGCAAGUUUUUUAAGGGGCUGGCACAAUCUGGUGCAUGGUGCUGCUUUGAUGAGUUCAAUAGAAUUGAGGUUGAAGUAUUAUCUGUAGUUGCCCAACAAAUACUUAGCAUACAGCAAGCUAUUAUUCGCAAACUCAAAACAUUCAUCUUUGAAGGGACAGAGAUCUCUCUUAAUCCUGCUUGUGCUGUAUUUAUCACAAUGAAUCCUGGGUAUGCUGGACGGGCAGAGCUGCCUGAUAAUCUGAAGGCACUGUUCCGAACAGUUGCCAUGAUGGUUCCAGAUUAUGCUUUGAUUGGAGAAAUUUCACUUUAUUCAAUGGGAUUUCUGGACUCUCGGAGUCUUGCCCAGAAAAUUGUUGCCACUUAUCGUUUGUGCUCUGAGCAGCUGUCAUCUCAGCGUCACUAUGAUUAUGGAAUGCGUGCAGUUAAAUCUGUCCUGACAGCAGCAGGAAACUUAAAACUGAAGUACCCAACUGAAAAUGAAAGUGUAUUGUUACUUCGGGCUUUGCUGGAUGUUAACUUGGCCAAAUUCUUGGCACAGGAUGUGCCCUUGUUUCAGGGCAUUAUAUCUGACCUGUUUCCUGGAGUGGUUCUUCCUACACCAGACUAUGACCUGUUUGUCAAGGCACUGACUGAAAAUAUUAAAAAAAUGGAUCUUCAACCAGUUCCGUGGUUCAUUGGAAAAAUUAUUCAGGUUUAUUUUCACAUACUUACUUCUGGGGAAGAAAAGCUCAGUCUCUUGUCACUGAUACAGAUAUAUGAAAUGAUGCUGGUGCGCCAUGGUUUCAUGAUUGUUGGAGAUCCUUUGAGUGGCAAGACCUGUGCAUACAAAGUGCUAGCUGGAGCCCUUGGCGAUUUGUGCACAGCAAGAACCAUGGAUGAAUUUGCUGUUGAAUACAAAAUUAUUAAUCCCAAAGCAAUUACUAUGGCACAGUUGUAUGGCAGUUUUGAUCCUGUAAGCCAUGAGUGGACAGAUGGGGUUCUUGCAAAUGCCUUCAGGGAACAAGCAUCUUCUACCACAGGUGAUCGGAAGUGGAUUAUUUUUGAUGGCCCAGUGGAUGCAGUUUGGAUAGAGAACCUGAACACUGUCCUGGAUGAUAAUAAAAAGCUAUGCUUAAUGAGUGGUGAAAUAAUUCAGAUGAAUUCAAAAAUGAGUUUAAUCUUUGAGCCAGCAGACUUAGAGGAGGCAUCUCCAGCAACUGUCAGCAGGUGUGGUAUGAUCUAUAUGGAUCCUCAACAGUUAGGUUGGAAGCCACUGAAGGAUUCCUACAUGAAUACACUGCCUCCAAACCUGCAGGAAGAACACCGAGAGCUGGUCAAUGACAUGUUUAUGUGGCUCAUCCAGCCCUGUUUAAAGUUCAUUCACCUUCAUUGCAAAGCCAUUGUUCAAACUUCCUCUAUUCAUCUGAGUUAUAGCUUGAUGAAACUCUUUACUUGUCUGCUUGAUGAAAUAAAGCAAUCCAAGGAAGAGGAGAAGGAAAGCAUGACUAGUCAGCAGAUCAUCUUGUGGCUGCAGGGGCUUUUCCUUUUUGCUUUGGUUUGGACAGUUGGUGGGAUCAUCGAUGCAGACAGCAGAAAGAAAUUUGAUUUGUUUUACCGCAACUUGCUACUGGGAAUGGAUGAUGAAAACCCACGCCCUAAAAGUGUGAAGCUUACCAGAAACAAUAUCUUCCCAGAAAAAGGGAGUGUUUAUGACUUCUAUUUUCACAAGCAUGGCAGUGGGCAGUGGAACAUGUGGACGGAGUACAUCACAAAAGAAGAACAAGUUAUCUCUCCAGGGGCUAAGGUAUCUGAGCUCAUCAUUCCAACAAUGGAAACUGCCAGACAAAUGUUUUUCCUUAAAACAUAUGUAGAGCAUAAUGUCCCUUUGCUUUUUGUGGGUCCCACUGGCACUGGAAAAUCAGCGAUAACAAACAAUUUUCUACUACAACUUCCAAAGCAAAAAUACAUCCCAAGCUUCAUCAACUUCUCUGCAAGAACCUCUGCUAACCAAACCCAGGAUAUUAUUAUGUCCAAGCUGGACAGAAGAAGAAAAGGAUUAUUUGGACCACCUUCUGGAAAAAAAGCUAUAAUAUUUGUGGAUGACCUAAACAUGCCUGCAAAGGAAGUGUAUGGAGCCCAGCCACCUAUUGAGCUUCUCAGACAGUGGAUUGAUCAUGGUCACUGGUAUGACAAGAAAGAUAGAUCCAAGAUUAAUAUCAUCGAUGUGCUGCUUAUUUCAGCUAUGGGCCCACCUGGGGGAGGGAGAAAUGAUAUUACAGGACGCUUCACACGGCACUUGAAUAUUGUAUCUAUCCAUUCUUUUGAUGAUGACAUAUUAACCAAGAUUUUUACUGCAGUUGCUGAUUGGCACUUCAGCAAAGGCUUUGAGCCUGUGUUUCUAAGGCUAGGUAAGAUGAUGGUCCAAGCAACAAUGGUGAUUUAUAAACUGGCGGUUGAUAAUUUUCUCCCAACUCCUUCAAAAUCCCACUAUGUCUUUAAUCUACGGGAUUUUUCCAGAGUUAUUAAAGGAGUGCUGCUCUGUCCACACACUCAUUUGCAAAAUGGAGAUAAACUGAUCAGACUUUGGAUUCAUGAGGUUUACCGAGUUUUCUAUGAUCGCUUAGUUGAUGAGGAAGACAGGAAGGUAUUCUUUCAGAUGGUACAAGAGACAACAUCAAAUAGCUUCAAGCAGAGCUUUAAUAAGGUGCUGAGUCAUCUGUCACCUACUGGAACAAUCUCUGAUGAUAAUAUUCGCAGCCUGUUCUUUGGAGACUAUUUGAAGCCGGACAGUAAUGUAAAAGUGUAUGAUGAAAUCUCAGACUUAAAGCAACUGACAACCGUCAUGGAAUACUACCUUGAGGAAUACAACAACAUCAGCAAAGCACCAAUGUCCUUAGUCAUGUUCAAGUUUGCUAUUGAGCAUAUCUCAAGGAUAUGCAGGGUAUUGAAACAGGAUAAUGGACAUCUGUUGUUGUUGGGGGUUGGUGGGAGUGGUCGUCAAAGUGCUACUAAGCUAGCUACCUACAUGAAUAACUUUGAACUCUUUCAAAUUGAAAUUACGAAGUCCUAUGAAAUCAAUGAAUGGAAAGAAGAUGUUAAACGAGUCAUGCUGAAAGCAGGUGUUAGUAACAAGAAUGUAUCCUUUUUGUUCUGUGAUAAUCAAAUAAAGGAUGAAGCAUUUGUGGAAGAUAUCAACAUGCUUUUAAAUACUGGUGAUGUGCCUAAUAUCUUUGCAACAGAUGAGAAAGCUGAAAUUGUUGAGAAAAUGCAAGCUGCAGCAAGGAUGGAGAACAGGAAACUUGAAGCCACUCCCCUUGCUAUGUACAAUUUCUUUAUUGAAAGAGUGAAGAAAAAUUUACAUAUUGUCUUAGCCAUGAGUCCUAUUGGAGAUGCAUUUCGGAGUCGGUUACGGAUGUUCCCUUCACUGAUAAAUUGCUGCACCAUUGAUUGGUUCCAAACCUGGCCUACAGAUGCUUUGGAAAUGGUUGCUAACAAGUUUUUAGAGGAUGUUGAACUCGAAGAUGACAUUAGAAAAGAGGUUGUGGCAAUGUGCAAAUAUUUCCAAGAAAGUGUGAGAGAGCUCUCCAUCAGCUAUUACACUACACUGCAAAGACACAACUAUGUGACACCAACUUCAUACCUAGAAUUGAUUCUUACCUUUAAGACUCUGCUGAAUAGCAAAAGGCAAGAAGUUGACAUGAUGAGAACUCGUUAUCUUGUGGGACUUCAGAAACUUGACUUUGCAUCUUCACAAGUUGCAGAGAUGCAGAAAGAACUGACUGCCCUGCAGCCUGAGCUGAUUCAAACUUCUGCAGAAACAGACAAAAUGAUGAUCCAGAUUGAGAAGGAAACAACUGAAGUAGAUGCAAAGAAGGAACUAGUGUCAGCAGAUGAAAAAGAGGCUAAUGAAGCAGCAGCUGUUGCUAAAGCUAUUAAGGAUGAAUGUGAAGGAGAUCUUGCUGAGGCCAUGCCAGCUUUGGAGGCAGCACUUGCAGCUCUUGAUACCCUGAAUCCUUCAGACAUCUCUCUUGUGAAAUCCAUGCAGAAUCCACCUGGUCCUGUUAAGCUCGUCAUGGAGAGUAUCUGUGUCAUGAAGGGAACUAAACCAGAGAGAAAGCCUGAUCCAAGUGGCAGUGGUAAAAUGCUAGAAGACUACUGGGGACCAUCUAGAAAGAUUCUUGGAGAUCUGAAAUUCCUUGAGAGCUUAAAGACGUAUGACAAGGAUAACAUUCCUCCUGCUAUAAUGAAGAGAAUUAGAGAGAGGUUUAUUGAUCAUCCAGAUUUUCAGCCAGCUGUCAUAAAAAAUGUCUCAUCUGCCUGUGAAGGACUAUGCAAGUGGGUGCGAGCCAUGGAGGUAUAUGACCGUGUUGCAAAAGUGGUUGCCCCAAAGCGUGAACGUUUGAGAGCUGCAGAAGGAUUACUGGACGUUCAAAUGCAGAAGCUGAAAACAAAACAAGCAGAACUUAAAGAGGUAGUCGAUCGCCUCCAAGCUUUGAAUGAUCAGUUUGACAACAUGAAUGACCGGAAGAGAGAAUUAGAAAAUAAUAUUGAACUCUGCUCGCAAAAGCUUGUGAGAGCUGAACAGCUAAUUAGUGGUCUUGGUGGAGAGAAAGAUAGGUGGACAGAAGCUGCACGAUUAUUAGGAAUCCGGUACCUAGACCUUAUAGGAGAUGUGUUAUUAUCAUCAGGAACUGUGGCUUAUUUGGGAGCCUUUACUGUAGAUUACCGCCUAAAAUGUCAACAGCAAUGGCAGAUCCUAUGCAAUGAAAAGAACAUACCAUGCUCCAGUGAUUUUAGCUUAAGUAAUACAUUAGGGGAUCCAGUCAAAAUCCGUGCAUGGCAGAUUGCUGGAUUGCCAGUUGAUUCUUUUUCCAUUGACAAUGGCAUAAUUGUUUCUAACUCAAGAAGAUGGGCUUUAAUGAUAGAUCCUCAAAGGCAAGCUAACAAGUGGGUGAAAAAUAUGGAGAAAAGUAACAGGCUGUCAGUUAUCAAAUCAUCUGACGCUCAUUAUGUGAGGACAUUAGAAAAUGCUAUUCAGCUUGGAACACCAGUCUUGCUAGAAAAUAUUGGUGAAGAACUGGAUGCUUUCAUAGAACCCAUUUUAUUAAAGCUAACAUUCAAACAACAAGGAGUAGAAUACAUGAAAUUAGGGGAAAAUAUAAUUGAAUAUUCAAGAGAUUUCAGGUUUUACAUAACAACCUGCUUAAGAAAUCCUCAUUAUCUUCCUGAAGUGGCUGUGAAAGUUUGUCUACUCAACUUCAUGAUUACACCUUUGGGUCUUCAGGACCAACUUCUUGGUAUUGUAGCUGCAGAGGAAAAGCCUGAGCUAGAAGAAAAGAAAAAUAAACUGAUUAUAGAAGGUGCAGCCAACAAGAAACAACUAAAGGAAAUAGAAGAUAAAAUCCUGGAGAUCCUUUCCAAUUCAGAAGGAAACAUCUUAGAAGAUGAAACAGCGAUUAAUAUUUUGUCUUCAUCCAAAGAGUUAUCUGAAGAAAUCUCUGAAAAGCAAAAAAUUGCCUCUGUGACUGAGAUGCAAAUAGAUUCUACUCGAAUGGGGUAUAAGCCAGUUGCUGUUCAUUCAGCUGUUGUCUUCUUCUGCAUCUCUGAUCUGGCAAACAUUGAACCUAUGUACCAGUAUUCAUUGAUUUGGUUCAUUAACUUGUAUGUCCAAUCUAUUGCUAAAAGCAAAAAGAGUGAAGAUCUGGAAGAGAGAACUAAAAAUAUAACUGAGCAUUUUACAAUAAGCAUCUAUAAUAAUAUCUGUCGUUCACUGUUUGAAAAGGAUAAGCUGUUAUUCUCCUUUCUUCUGACAGUAGGCAUUAUGAAGGGAAAAGACCAAAUAGACGAUGAGGUUUGGCAUUUCCUACUAACAGGAGGUGUUGCUCUUGGUAAUCCUCACCCCAAUCCAGCUCCAGAUUGGCUAUCUGACAAAUCAUGGGCUGAGCUCGUACGUGCGUCUAGUCUGCCAAACCUCCACGGACUCAUGGAACACGUAAGAGAGAAUUUUUCAAAGUGGAAACUAAUAUAUGACUCUGUAAGACCCCAUGAAGAAGCCUUCCCAGAUGCGUGGAGCACACUGAUGGGGUUAGAUCGCAUGGUUAUUCUCAGAUGUUUGAGACCUGACAAAAUUAUUCCAGCAGUGCGGGAGUUUAUUGUGGAAAAUAUGGGAAGAACGUUUAUUGAACCACCUACGUUUGAUCUUGGAAGAAGUUACAGUGAUUCAAAUUGUUGUGCCCCUUUGAUUUUUGUAUUAUCACCAGGUGCUGAUCCUAUGACAGGUUUGCUAAAAUUUGCUGAUGAUGUUGGCAUGGGAGGCACAAGCAUCCAAACUAUUUCGCUUGGACAGGGACAGGGCCCAAUAGCAGCAAAAAUUAUUUAUCAGGCUAUUACUGAUGGAACCUGGGUAGUGUUACAAAACUGCCAUCUUGCAACUAGCUGGAUGCCUGCUUUGGAAAAAAUCUGCGAGGAAGUUAUAGUGCCUGAGAAUACCAAUGAUAAGUUCAGGUUGUGGUUAACUAGUUAUCCAUCAGAAAAGUUUCCUGUUAGUAUCCUCCAGAAUGGCAUCAAAAUGACGAAUGAGCCUCCAAAAGGAGUUAGAGCAAACCUUCUUCGAUCAUACCUUAAUGACCCCAUCUCCGACCCUGUGUUCUUUAGCAGUUGCCAAAAGCCAGAAAUGUGGCAAAAACUGUUGUUUGGCCUUUGCUUUUUUCAUGCUAUUGUGCAGGAAAGGAGAAACUUUGGUCCGCUGGGUUGGAAUAUUCCAUAUGAGUUCAAUGAAUCUGACCUCCGAAUCAGUAUGCGACAGAUCCAGAUGUUUCUGAAUGAAUAUGAAGAAAUCCCAUUUGAAGCUCUGACGUACCUAACAGGGGAAUGUAACUAUGGAGGUAGAGUAACAGAUGAUAAAGACAGGCGUCUUCUCCUGUCCCUUCUUUCCAUAGUCUAUAGCACAGAUAUAGAGCAGGACAAGUAUAUGCUUGCACCUGGAGAUGACUACUACAUACCACCACAUGGUCCAUAUGAGUCUUACAUUGAAUACCUACGAAGUUUACCAAUUACAACACACCCUGAAGUGUUUGGACUUCAUGAAAAUGCAGACAUCACCAAGGAUAACCAGGAGACUAACGAGCUUUUCAGUGGAGUGCUCCUGACUUUGCCUAGAGAAGCAGGGGGAGGUGGGAAGACCCCUCAGGAAACAGUUGAAGAUUUGGCGCAGGACAUCCUAUCCAAAUUACCAAGUGGCUUUGAUGUUAAAGAAGUUAUGAAGGUAUACCCAGUACUUUAUGAAGAGUCCAUGAAUACAGUUCUUAGGCAAGAACUAAUCCGAUUUAACAGGCUCACUGAAGUUGUUCGGAACAGCCUCAUUAAUUUAAGUAAAGCCAUUAAAGGCCAAGUGUUGAUGUCAGCUGAACUUGAAGAUGUUUUCAACAGCAUGCUAAUGGGAAAAGUACCAUCAAUGUGGGCUGCCAAAUCCUAUCCAUCACUGAAGCCAUUGGGAAGUUAUGUGUCCGAUCUUCUCUGUCGUUUGGUCUUCUUCCAGGAUUGGGUCAUCAGUGGGCCACCCACAGUCUUUUGGCUCUCGGGAUUCUUCUUCACUCAGUCUUUUUUGACUGGUGUUUUACAAAACUAUGCCAGAAAAUACACUAUCCCAAUUGACCACAUUGGAUUUGAAUUUGAGGUGAUGAAACAGGAGCACACGAUGGAGAAAAUGCCAGAAGAUGGGGCUUAUGUGAGAGGCCUUUUUCUGGAAGGUGCACGAUGGGAUAGAGAAUCCUUGGUAAUUGGAGAAUCACUUCCAAAAAUCCUUUAUGAUUCUCUGCCCAUUAUUUGGCUGAAACCUGGAGAAAGUUCAAAAUUUCCAUGCACGAACAUCUAUUCAUGCCCUGUAUACAAGACAAGUGCAAGAAGAGGUGUCUUAUCCACUACUGGCCACUCAACCAACUAUGUUCUCUCAAUUGAACUCCCUUCAGACAAGCCCCAGAAGCACUGGAUAAAUCGAGGUGUGGCAGCACUAUGCCAGUUAGACGACUGAGAGUAUGCAAGUCAAAACACUUGCAUUUUGUUGUUAAAAUAUAUACUUUACUCCCUAAUGGCUGUAUUUUUGUUUUAUAUCGGGAUUCUUGCUGACUUCAAAGUAGGUCCCAAUUUCCUUUGGUUUUUAGCCAUUAUCAGCCACUGAGCAAGAGUGAGGGAAAAUAGAACACUACAAACAGAAACUUAUUUCAGAGGCCUUGGCUUUAUCUUGCAAUAGAUCAGAAGAUCAGAAUGAACACAACUCCCAUCAAACUGUGUUCCACCCACAUUGUUACAAAUCUUAUGAAAUCCUAAUAUUACCACCUAGUUACUAUCAUAGGCCUUUCUUUUUUUAAUGAAAUUGGGCCCAAAGAGUUUUGCUGCUGAUUUUAAUGGGUAUCUAAGCCACAACUCUUGCAAAUAGGACUCUGUGGAUUUGCCUACCACUUCUGUGUCCCAGGAGUAUGUAGGGCAAGGAGGGAGGAGAUGAGGAUAGUCUGUUGUCAACGUGUAAAACCAAUCCUCAGCUAGAAUGAACUGCUAGAACUGUAUUAUAAAACUAUAGUAACUGACAGUCCUUGAAGGUGUGCCUCAGAAUUUCCAUGGAAGACUUCUAGACAGCAUAUGCAUUGGCAGCCUGCCAUUUCUCAGAGCAGAAUGCUUGUCUCAGAAAUUUUAAACUUCUUUCUUUAUUUGGUAUUAUUUACCUACGUAUCCCAGGUGCCUGAUAAAUGGAGCUGCUUCCUUUCUGCCAUAGUCUCGUUUACUUCCUCAUCUUGCCCUCUUGCAUGUUGGACUAAUAACCACCUGAAAUUUUGUACUUGUUUAAGCCCUUUCAUCAGAGAAGCUCAAAGUAGCUUGCAAACAUUAAUUAAAAAUAAAAUAGUCUGAACAUCUUCAAAGAGCUGUGCCAUCAUUAACUAAUCCCCACAGCAUGCCAAGAAGGUACUAAGGAUGGAUCAUUAGAUUUGUUGUGUACACACUACAAGAGAAGCACGAAGAUCAAGGCAAACGUUAAAAAAAACCAACCCACUGCAUAAACACCCACUAAUUUGGGGUCUUGUAUUUUUUUUCAUUGCCCAAAUUGUGGCAUUUUAAUGACUUGCUCGAGGCCUCACAAAGUCAGAGAUGCAGCUAUAAUUCAGCAAUUCCCAGUAUCCUCCUACAAUCAUUAAGUGAUUCUGCUACAACUCACUAAAACAUAUGGUUCUUGUCAUUGGAGUUUAUCUGUUGUGUUGUGCUUAGCUGUUAUAGGUGAAAACAGCAUUCAUUAUUGUUUUAUUAACCACUGGUUUGUUUUAUAUAGAUAUUAAUAAAAUGAUAACUUUUAAGAAUGGUAACAUACAGGUAGGCAAGAAGUGUUACAGCUGUGUUGCAGAGUGCUGCCUUUGACAAAGAUAUACAUAGGUAAUUAGUACAGUAUCUUUAUGUACCAUAUGUACCAUAUUUGAUGCCUAGUUAACAGUAAAAUAUGCAGGCAUUUGGUGCAUCAUUAUUGUUAUGUGGUGAUUAGGGCAAAGAUGACAGGCCAGGACACUUAAUGGUUAUUUGUUUUAAUAAAGGGGACAGAGAUGUGCAGGUGUUUCAGUUUACUGAUAGGAAGAAACUGCUCUUAAUAAUUUAGACUAAAUAAUAUUCGGUGCCUAUAGCAAAAAUAAACCUUGUUUAUGAAUGUUACAGCACAGUCAUCCAAAUUGACAAUAAUUUUUGAGAAGAGAAUCAUGUUUCAGAAGAACUAUAAAUAAAUUAAUUAAAAUUGGUCCUUUUAAAAAUUGUCUUAGGCUCCAUAAAAGUAACACAGAUACUUUGUACUUU